AGAACAAUCACAUUUUUACCCAAAUUGAGUGUGAAGAGAGAAAAAGUGAGUACUCUACUAGCUGUACUAUAAAGAAACCAAAAUUUGUUCAAACUGAUAAAGCAUAGAAUAUGCCCUCUGGCACUACGGUUCCUGCCACUAGUCGGGCAUGUACCUCUCGCCGCAACGAUUCCGUGGCACAGCAAGGAACGCACGCCAAGCAGCUUGGGAUUGUCGGCGGCUUGGGAUUGUCGGUAGGAGGGCAGAAUGCUGUUUCUGAAUCAAGCCAACAACAUAGUCUUAUUGAAGAAGCCUCUCCUAGGGAUGAAGCUGCGCCGGAACAGAACCAGCAAGGCAGAGAGCAAGGGUGGGUCCAGUGGACGGAUAGAGGUAAAAUCUACCUCUCCAGACACGAGAAGAACGUAUUCGUUCUCGAGGGCACGUCUAACUCCGGGUUCGCGGCUUGUCGAUACACAGGUUCAGAAAUUAAGGCUUCCCCUUAUCCAUCUUCUGAAGUAUCUUAAACCUGCCCCAUAAGGCGAGAGAACCAUCGCGAUGCAGCUUCGCGUGGAUAAGUGUGAGCGCUAAUGAAAAAGAGCUCCAACACCAACGAACCGGUAGCUACUCGCUCACGGCGGAACUGAAGUCCGUACCUAUCGAAGCCAUUAUGCUCAUGUUCUUGAUGCUCAUUUCUAUCUGUUCUUCUAAAAUCCGGACCAAUUGAUGAUGCCAUUAUGGUAGAAACAGGAUUUCGCUUUAAAAUGUCAUUUUGUAUACUAAUAUCUCUUUUGUCGAGGAACGCAAGAACUUGUAUACUUAUGUUGAUCUGCCCAACACAUCAUUAGUUUGAAGUUAAACUGUUUGCCAAUAGCAGGAGAUCGUUUGCCAAUAUAAAGUGCAACUGCAAGUCCCCGUUCUUUUUUUCUACUGCUUGUGAAUUCAGUGAAGUUGCCCUAUUAAUCUUGGCGGCGAUCGCGGGGAGAUCUACGUUCUACUCGAUGCUUUGGAGGUGUGCGAUCUAAGCAGCGGAUGCGAUUUUGUAGGUAUCAAGUUGUCGUUUAGCGGACGCGAACUGCGAGUGGAGGCCAGGCAUAAAACGCAGGUCAGAAUUAUGUCUGGAGAUGAUAAAACAUCUUGAGUACUACCGCAUGAAAAAUAGGUGGACUUCUAGUAAAUCUAGUAUUCAUCUGUCAUGAUUAUUAUCGCAUUGAAUUCCUACGGUCGUCAAAUGUGACGAUAUCAGGGGCGACACUCAUAUGGACAUCAUACUUCGAGUUCUAGAUACCACAGUUCUAAGGAAACCUUAUUUUCGCUUCCCAAUGUGCUGAUGUUACGGCACAACAACUACGUCUCACUUCGCGUCGAACUAUCACGAACGCGCAUUAGCAGUGUAGUUCUCAACGGAGUGACACUGGUGCAAAAUCUCGCACUACCCGAUGACCCCCAAAGGACAAAGCAGAGUAGCAGAGAGCAGCUACCAUCCAUCGGCAUCGCAACAUAUGGCAAGUCUCGUGUGUUUCUGCGCAGAUUCAAGGUAGACGCGGCGGCGGCAGCAGCUUUAUCCAACAAUGACCAGCAGCAGAGUAGACAGGUAGCUGAACAAAAUCAGGGUGCUCCACAAGGUGGAUCAGGUAGCCACUUAACAUCGUCGUCUUCAACGUCAACUCCUACUGCGAGAGACACGACGAGCUGCAAAGCCUUAGUUGUAGCGCCACCUUCAGUAGGUGCCCAUUGUAGUACCUUAGCGGCUCCCUACGGCGUGUUCCGAUCACCAGAACUCAAGGGACCUUCAAGGGCACUUGAAGCACCCAUUGGCCCAACGUCGUCGGCUACACCCGUCCUAGAGGAACUCGAGCUCUGCGCGAUUAUCGAACGCGAUCUCCUGCUAAAGCACUGUCCUGCAUCAGACGGAGGUGACGCAGCUGGUUUUAGGAAUAUUCAAUUAAAAAAGAUGUAAUGACUUGGUCUUCUUCGGUUCAAAAACAUCAAUACUGAUGUUUUUCUGCUGGAAGUGAAUGUAGGACAGGCACAGACUUCUGAGAUGAAAAGGAACCGAUCUUUACUACUAGAUUUACCGAGUAAACUGUACGAAAACUGUCAGGCACCUACUACCAUUAGGACUAGCUAGAAUUAUUAUCAUGUUGAAGGGUUAUCCAUAUCUCUAAUUAUCCGGCAUCAAAGGGUGGCGUCGCUUUCGAUGAUAUUGGCGGUCUCGAAAAUGCCAAGACUGCCAUCAACGAAGCAGUUGUGCUGCCCCUUCUUGUACCAGAGUUUUUUACCGGAAUCCGAAAACCGAUUCGCGGAGUUUUGCUUUUCGGCGCUCCAGUUAAGAUGGUUGAUUUUGAUUGUUCAAUUACCAUGAUGUAGUAUUGACAGUUGGUGUAAUGUGUGGAUUUUUCGUCUGGCGUAAAAGACAAAGAUCAUUCUGCAAGGGAUUUAUACGACCUCCAAGAACCAUACAAGAAACAUUACAGACUUGAGAAGUCGUACAUCACUCAACGAGUGAACCAUUAACAAAACGAAUGCUGAUAAUCAGAGAAUAUCAGGCGUCAAGUUUUUCCUCGCGCUUUUUUUAACAAAAUCAUUCAGUUGCUAGAUUGACUUGGUUGGGCUCUUCAGAAAAGAUUACUCCUUUGGGGUAGUUGGUGUAUGAUUUAGUGGGGAGACCGGCUGUCCGAGUUCCAAAUGGCAGGGGUGCUGCCGUUGACUAAUGUUGAUAUUCUUGAAAUCAACCGAUUCGAAGCUCUAAACCGCGCACAGGAAAAACCAUGCUGGCGAAAGCAGUAGCUAGUACAGCGACCCAGUCCGUGGCGUUCUUUAACUGCAGCUGCGCGACGUUGACAAGCAAGUGGAGAGGAGAAAGCGAAAAACUUCUUCGUUAUGAAUUGUAGUAGUAUCAUUGAUGCAACAGGCAUCGUUUCGCGUUCGCCUGUACUACCAGUACUACUUUCCAAAAAAGUCUCUAAUAUCACGCGCUCUUCGCGAUGGCUCGUGCCCGACACCCAUCCAUUCUCUUCUUUGAUGAGGUCGAUUCACUACUGUCUCAGCGUGGUGCCUCAGCCGAGCACGAGGCGAGUCGCAGAUUCAAAAGUGAGUUUUUGAUUAUGGCAAGAGCGCAAAGGACCAUUCUCAGGUUGAUCUUAGUUGCUUCUACCAUGUCAAGUACAUCAACAUCAUUAUCUCAAGUACCACUACAAAGACAGGAAAAUCUACAAAAUCAGUAGCACAUUAAGACCAACUUGGCCGAGUAUCUAUGGAUACUACUGUUUUUCGCCCGAACCCUUUUGGCCCCAAAUAACCAUUUUCUUUAAGCCGGACCCCAACUGCAUUCUCCUCCCUUUCAUCCUUCUCCACAUGGAUGGCCCCAACUGCAUUCUCCUCCCGUUCAUCCUUCUCCACAUGGAUGGCGUCCUCAGCGAUUCCCGAGAUGAAGAUCGGGCACCCCUUGUUCUCUGCACCAGUAACGCACCCUGGGACCUAG